AUGUCACCACGUCGAUCGUCGCGGGCCCGCACCACCCAACCCCCGCCAAGUGUCGCGACAGCACCGAGCGUCUCCUCAUCCUCCGUCUCCUCUGGCCGCACCGAACGUGGCUCACGCCCGAAUGGCAAACAGCCAUCGCCACAAAAGUCAUCGACCCCGCAUUCACUCUCCUCUGAAGAACCCGAAGACGGCCCUCGCGGUGCGCAGCUCGAGCCACCGCUGACCCGACGCCGCACUCGCGAGCAAGACCACGACGAAGACGAGUCCACAAAGUUGGAAGACGACCUCGAUGACGAAAUGGCCGAAGAAGACGAGGUCACACGCUGCCUCUGCGGCUUCCAAGAGUACCCCGGUCCGCCAUCAGAUGCUGGCAAGUCUGCAUCUGCCCUGUCUGAUCCUGAUGCUCAAGGUGACGAUCUAGGUGGUCUGUUCAUCCAAUGCGACAUCUGCAAAGUUUGGCAGCACGGCGGUUGCGUUGGCAUCAUGGAAGAGGCUGCUAGUCCCGACGAGUAUUUCUGCGAAGGAUGCAGAAAGGAUCUUCACAAGGUCAUGACGAGUGCAAAGGGUUGGAAAUACUCUCGCUAUAUCCCGGUCUACGAUCAACAGCAAGGCAAGAACCGCAAAUCAUCCAUCUCAAAAGACGCCGAUCGCCAAUCUAGCGUGGGGGAGAAAGAUCGCCACGAACGCAAUGAUCGCAACGACCGCAAUGCACGAGCGAGCGUGGAUUCAUUUGGCAAGCGACGCUCCACAAUGAAUAGUCGAGCUGCCUACGACGAGGACGAAGUAUUGCGCAAGGUACUCGAGGAAAGCAAGCAUGAAGGUACCGCAGUAUCGGAGAAUGGUAAUCGCAAGAAGCGAAGCCGUGACGACAGUGAAGAGACAAAGUCUGAAGUCAAACGACAGCGCACGAGCUCACGCUCUCCCAGCGACUCACCGGUUUUAGAGUCAGAAGACGACAGCACAAAAGCUUCUGCGCCAAAGCAGAAACCGCGAGGCGCUGCAGCAAAAAGCCAGCGUGACAAGGAAAACCGUGAAAAGGAGCGCGAAAAGGAGCGCAACGACGCUGCAAACAGAAGGAAGGGAAGAGCGGAGCGAAGAAAGGGAGACGAAUUGGAUGAUUCUGAACCCACACCCCCGCCCGCCGUGGAAGAACCCACCAUGCCUCCAGCAGCCGUCCAGUCUACACCGGCAGAUACUACGCCCACGACUGAAAUGAAGCCAGCUCCUGCGCCACGAAGGGGUGGCCGUCCUCCGCAGAAAGCGCGUGGGCGCUUGGGACGCAAUCAGUAUUCACGAGAUACGCUUCCAGCCGCCAAUGGCACGUCGCCCAAGGACGACAUGGCACAAUCGCCACAAGCAAACGCAACAAAUGGCGCCAGUAAUGGUCAUGAUAGCAGCGACGGCACAGCGGGGCACAAACCAGCCAAGUCAAAGAAUUGGCGGCUGCAGAAGCUGUCAUGGAAUGACAUUCGGCGACCAGCUGGGGCAAUGCAGAAUUACAUUGCGCAGCGUCAAGUCGAAAUGGCGGGCGAGAAACAGCCUUCCAUGGCGCCGGCAGUCCAGCCCACCUCUGCAACAACCAACGGGACACUACAACCAGAGCUGGUGACGGCUAGCGAUGGCGGAGACUUGACAAAUUUCAAGAAUCUCAGCACGACGCAAAUGAUGGAUUUUCUCAGUCGGGAUCUUGUACACUGGCAGCAGAUGAUCUCGGAACCGACGGAUAAAUCGCCAAAGCCGCGGCCAUGA